CCUUAUGCCGGUCAAGCAGGUCAAGGUCGGCGCCCGCCAAGUGCAAGAGAUGAUCGUGUACGUGAGCACGUGCCAAGAGCCACAGACGGACAAGUUUACGACGCGCGUCUCCAAGCUAGCGACCAUCGAGACGCUUCAGGCCUUCCUCGUCGAGCAGUGGCGCAUCGCCAAGCACCGACUCGCUAGCGUUCCGAUCUCGGAGCACAUUUUCAGUUUCCAGGGACGCAUCAUGCGUCACGACGCCCACCUCGACAUUUACUACGUUGGGAACGGCGACACGAUCUUUCUGCGUCUGCCGGGCCAUGGCCCCGUGACGACUCCGUGGGCCAUGUCAACCAGCGAACUCCGGGAAGCGCUUCAAGACCGCCGCACGUACCGUCCGAAUCUGCUGCCCGAGCAGCUCAUGUACCAGCUCCAACAUCUUUUACAGCGCGAGAGUCGACUGGAGCGGCUUCAAAAAGCCACAAAGCGUGGCGCCACCGAUGACGUCAAGCGCAUCACGCAAGAGCUGCGCGAGCUCGACGCGGAAGAAGCGGCGCACGCAGUCGCGGCGAGCGCGGCCCCGCUAUCGCGCCCAGCGUCGAUCAAGUGGCCGCACCCGCCAAGUCUCCGGCGCACGGUCUUCUUCUCUCUCUCGGCCCUCGAGCGCAGCUACCAGUCGAUUCCGCGGGACGUGUUUGAGCCCGGCCUCUUCCUGCUGGACGCGCGCCGCGACUGGGUCUUUGGAAAGCACAGCAGCCUCCAGAAAGAGAGCUUCGACUACAAGUACAUGGCGUACGGAAAGGAUUUUUUGGACAUGCUCGUCUUCAAGGAAGAGGCCAACCUCGUCUUUUGGUUCCAACCGGACCACAGCCUCGCAGCGCUCUCGGCGUUUGUUUCCAACCUCGUUGACCCGUCGACCAUGCGCAAGUACGAGCCAUUGAUGCUCGAAGCGCCCAAGUGGCUCGCGCUCGGCGGCCACAACGGCUGGGAAGGCAAGCCGCGACGCGACGGCCGAAGAGUCCAAGCCCACCUCAAACCGGUCUUCACGCCGAGCGUCCAGCGCAUUGUAACCAACUUGGCGUCCGAGAGCUUUGACGUCGUCGCGAUCAAGGAGAUGCUCGUGCAGGCCAACCCGAGUCUCUUGUUUGCCAGCGACUAG